AUGAAUAUUGAUGUUACUAGUUAUUUACGAUCCUACACUAUUACGGAUUGGAUUCGUAUCUGCAUCUACAUUUGUGGAUAUCUCUUAUUACGGCCAUAUUUGAUGAAAAUUGGAGCCAAACUUCAAGAAAAGGGACACAAGAAAGCAGAAGAACAGGGUGACUAUGUAGACUCUGAAUUGACACAUGGCAAAACAGAAAAGUUCCAUGGCGAAUUUGACACUGAUGAUGAGGAUGAAAAGGAGAAUCCCGAUGCUGAAUUACGCUGGGGCUAUUCAGCUCGCCGACGUAUUCGCAAGCAAAGAGAUGAUUACUUCAAAAGUCAAGACAAGUCUCCCUUGGAUGCGUAUGCCGACGAUGACAAUGAUGACGCUGACAUCCAAGAACACCUGGAGGAUUAG